CUGCGCAUUUGCACAACAGGCAUUCACCGUUAACGUUCUGUGUGAGACCGUGAACUGCAACUGAAAUAUAAAAAUAACCGACUCAAUUCCAUCAAUUUUUAUUCCCGCGUUUACUCUAAUCGCGAAUAGUUUUAGUAUUUCUUAUUUUGUUAUAUUUUUCAUUAGUUUCGGGUAGUGGCGAUCAAACAGCUGGGACAGCAUGCAUGCAUUCAGCCAUCGUGCCCAAACAGAGUGAGGCGUGAGGCGGGAAUUUAGACAGGUCCGUAUCGAGUGAAAUUUUUGUGCUGGUUCCGUUGUGUUGCACUUUUUGAUAAUGGUGAAGUGCUCGUUGAAAUACUGCCUGCGAAAUGCGAGUACGGACAUGGGGAUUAGCUUCUUCCGGUUUCCCGUUGAAUCGGCUAGAUGCGACGAAUGGCUGAGAGCUUUAGGUCGGCCUGAUUUGCAAGGAAUCAACGCGGAAAAGCUCCAUCAUUCCAAAUACAGGGUGUGCGGCGUACACUUUCACAACAGUAGUUUUUCGUCAAUGCUGCUGAAUCGUUUGAAGAAAGACGCGGUACCUACCAACUUUCCUGUUCAGGCUAGGCCUGGACCUUUUUUCGUUGGCGACGCUAACGAAUUGGAGAAGAUGAUGUUGCUUUCAUCGGAUAAUACCUCAGAAGUUGAGAGUAAAAAGGACAAUGUUGAAGAUAAGGAACUCAAUGAGACAAAUGUUUCUGACAGUGAGCAGCAAGUGAGGACUGAAAAUGAAGACAGUAGAAAUUCCAUUGAACAAACGGAUGGGAAAACAAGUGCGAAAGUGGAGUCAGAAGUUAGUAAACUUACAGAUGAAAAUUCCAUGACGGAAAGUUCUAAGGAUGAUGGAAGUAUUAAGGGAACUGAAAAUGAAGAAACCGAUCAUUCUGAAAGUAAAAAAGCUCAAAAUUCUGAAAGUAACGAAACCGAAGAGUCAGAGAAGAAAGAAUCUGAAAAUUCUGAAAGCAAGAAAGGUCAAGAUUCAGAAACGGGUAAAUCUAAAAACGAUCAAAGCGAAAUAGUUCAGAAUGGUACAAAGGAGGAUGAUAAAACAAUGGAAAUUGAUGAAAAUGAAGAUGAAGAUGAUGAUUUUAACCCCCUAUUACUUUGUCCUGAUAUCUCGAUGGAUAUAGAUGAAUCUCCUGUUCUAACCGGAUCAACAGAACCUUCCCACUCGAAUGACACCACUGAUCCUAAUUCCCUGUACGCGCCUUUGUUUUCAACCUUUGUGGACGAAAUGACUGGAGCAGAAAUUUCAUUCAAUUUGACGGCAGAAGAGCAACAACUGAGGGAAAGGCUGUAUGGACCUAAUAAUCCCAUUCAGUUCACGAAGAUCCAUUGUACCGCUUGUAACGUGCAUUUGGGGAGCGCUUUAGCCGGUCAGACCAAUCGUUUUGUUCAUCCCCUUCUAAAAGUGUUGAUAUGUAAGGAAUGUUACCAUUUCUACACCAGCGGUGAGUUUGAGAAGGACGAGGAUGGGAGUGAACUGUAUUGUCGGUGGUGCGGUCAAGGGGGGCAGGUUCUAUGCUGUACGAUGUGUGAAUUUGUGUUCUGUAAGAAAUGCAUAAGAAUCAACUUCGGACGCAAGAAGUUGACGCAGGUUAGAGACAGCGACGAAUGGAAGUGUUUCAGAUGCGAUAUAUCGCAGCUCAAAGCUCUGCGAGCCAUGUGCGUGGAGUUCUUCGAAUACGUUCGAAAAGAGACGGCGCGAGCUUCAACCUACACGGAUCCAGAUAUCGUCAACAGGGAUCUCACGAAUUGUUGUCAGUCGCAGAACAGGAAGCGUCAGAUGGACUCGGAGAAGGAGACCGAGAAAGAGGUGGUGAAGAGGCCGAAGAGGCGAAGACAGGAAGAAGACGAUCCCGACUAUAAUCCUUACGCACAGCAUGCUGACGAGCGUUCUAACUCUCCGAUAGCCAGCACCUCGGGGGUGAAAGUUGUGGCAAACGUUCCCAAAACCCUUCCGGCCUUGCAACCCAAACCCGUUGCAGCCCGUAGCGAGGUGAGUUUUAUCGGUCAAAGUCCAUCAGCAACCGUUCGAAUUGGAAGUACAGUCAUCAACGUGAAGAGUACAGGGACUUCUGGGCAGCUGGCGAAUGCCUCACCUUCGGCACCUAGAAAUACAGCUAUUCGAACACCAGUUCCGAACGCGAGGCCCAAACCUACGUUCACGCCGAGAAAUCCAACGCAAAGUGCAGCUAGGUCUGCGGUUACUCCAGCAGCCCCGGCUGUCGGGUCCUUGGCCCACAUCAGGUCCGUUGCGACCAAAUCUCAAGCCACCCCGCACUCGCAACCGAUGAUGAAACACGAAUGGUUCGAGAAGACUGUCCGCGCCGCCGCUAGGGUCAACUCUAACCUAUCCUACACCCUGACCCAGCUGAACAAGGCGCAAUCGAGCGCCAGCAGCGUGGAGCAGCUCGCGGUGGUCCACAACAAGCUCCAGGAGAUCCUGAGCAGCUCCAUCAACUCCCUGAUCCAGAUCAGGAAGAAUCUGAGGACGGAGUUCAUCGCCGGCAUCAAGACGUUCCGGUUCCCGCCCAAACCGGCCGCCGUAGAUCCCAGCGACGACGACGUCAUCAUCGUCAAUCCCGAACCGACGACGACCACCAACAACAGAGGGAUGAUGCCUUCGCGACCUCGGAAUUCCGCGGCUAAGGUGAUCACGGUCAGAUCGGUACCGUCGGCCGGUCCUAACAUCGCCAAAUCCGCCUCUACCCCUCCGAACAAGGGGUAUUUGAAGGUCAGGAGCUUCCAACAGUUGCAGAACGUUUCUUCGGAAUGCAUAACGAUUCCGGACGAUGAUCCACCCCCUCUGGCUCCCAUAGAGCCGAUUUCUAUCGAGAUAAACGAAGACCGGGUCACUCCAGAUCCUUUGGACGGCGGUUCUGGUAGACGGGAAAACGAAGAGGCGUCUACGUCCAAGGGUGACGGUGAAAAAGGGGAAAAUAAGGACGAAGGGGGGAGUGAGAAGACAGAAAGAGUCGUGAUAGAAGACGAGGAAGAAGUUGAGGAUAAAGAGAAGGAAAAAGUUGAGAAUAAAGCUAAGGAAAAAGUUGAGGAUAAAGCUAAGGAAAAAGUUGAAGAUAAAGCUAAGGAAAAAGUUGAGAAUAAAGCUGAGGAUAAAGCUAAGGAAAAAGUCGAGGAUAAAGAUAAGAGAAUAGUCGAGAAUAAUGAUAAGGAAAAAGUCGAAAACAAAGAUAAGGAAAAGGUCGAGAACGAAAAUAAGAAAAAAGUCGAAGAAAACGUGAAUAAAGACGAUAAAGAGGAAAGUGCAAUAAAAGAUAAACCAAAAAAAACCAACGGUAAAAGAGAAGACGAGGACAAAGACAAAAGAUGCGCACAAAACGGAGAUAAGAACGACAAACGGAAAGAAGCGGAAGAAUCGCAGAAGAAGAAGAAAGAUGUCGAGGUGAAUGGGUCGGAUUCCAACGGUUCGGCGAAAUGUAACGGUGACAUCGCGGAGGGCGGGGUGAAGGUGAAGACCGAACCGGAGGAGCAUUCGUAUAACGUCAAGGAUCAGCCGACGCCGAAGAUCAGGAGGAUGCUUUCUGUGAAAGUGAACCUGAAGAAAACGACUAUCGUUGAAGAUUUGGUUAAAAAAGAACCGGUUGAGAGUGGGGACAAUUGAAGGAUUUUAUUGUCGCGUUGUUGAGCACGAUGCGGACUAUUGAAUUUUUAUAAAUAAAUUGAAUCACAUUCCCGUGUGAAGUGUACAUAUUUAUUGUUUCAAUGCUGUAUGAAUAUUGCUUUUAUUUUAGGUGUUCAUAAAAUUGAAUCUUUUAAUUUGGAGUGUAUAAAGAUGCUAAUAAAUUUCGUUUAAUGUUUCCGUA